CCUGUCACGCGCCAGCUUGGGUUGUCCCCCUUCUUCCCCUACACAAUUAUAGGCAACGUCUUGGACCAGUAUGGCUGGCAAGUCGCGGACUAGUGAACCAUGGCAAGAUGGCCGAGCGGUCUAUGGCGUGUGACUCAAGCGAAAGCUUGCCUGAUAGCAGGUUUCUCAUCCUCGAUCUACUCGACCAAUUGCAAGUCAAGGUCGAACAAGAACAACGUGCUUAGACAAGGAGUGCGUAAGAUGAAAUUUGGAUCGCUUUUAGGUCGUGGAUCUCUACUUGAACUGGAACUCAUGCUCACCGUCUCAAGUCUCCAGCCUGAUUACUACGCAGUGUGGUAGGCACAGUACACCCACUAUUGUCUACUACAAUACGCCUGGCAUGUCAGCAAUGUUUGCGUGGCCAGUCUCGUUGUGUUCUAUCAACUUGCAUGAU